GCCCCGCCACGCGCUGCCCCGACCCGGCGCUGUGCUCCUGCGGGCGGAGCGGCUCGGCACCGUCCAGGGCUCGCGCAGCCCCGCUGGACGGUGAGAAGGAUGCCGGCAGAGCCGCCGGUGCUGGUCAACGUGUCCAGAAUAAAAGCAGCCGCAGCUUCAGCCUUGGGCUCCCUCCAUACCCAGAGACGCUUACCUCCUCCCUGAAGCGGGACUGCGGCCUCUAUCCCAGCUUGCAGCGUGUCCUGCAGCACAGGGGCAUCCUCCUCUCCCAGCUCCGGGCCCAUCUUCCAAUCCGCUGCGCUGACAGCUGCUUUACUGCAUCAGCAUUAUAAAAGUAAGCACGGAAACUAUUUUUCCCCUUUCUAUCCACUGCUUUUACCAGAUCCUCUUCUCGUGCUGCAUCCCCAGCACAGCAUGCACACACACACAGACACACACACACACACAAUGUAUUUUAGAAACACAGGGUCAAACAGUGAGUUGCAAACAGUUCUGAAUGCACUUAAUAACAGUACUCUACAAGUUAACUAUGAGAUUACUAUUGCCAAAAGCAGGAAAUAGAGGCAAACUACAUUUCUUUGUCUCUAAGCAACUCUCUAAUCAAACUCAAGAUAAAUUAAAAGAUGAAGCUUAAUUAGGCAGUAAAUACCUUCAGACUUCCAGCUCUGGUUUGGAACACUUUCCCAACAGCUUUUCUGACCACACUUGGCCCAAAGUCACAUCCCACAGUCCAGCAGCUCCUCAGUCCCACCAGUGGAUAAAUCCAGAACAUCUCCUCAAUGAUGCUGGCAUGCAGAAUAGCAAUACCAGUGCUGCGACCCCUAGCUUUGGCAAGGUUCACAUCGUGCAUAUUUUAAGAUUAGGUGUUUGACAAAGUCUCAGGAAUAGAACAUCUGGAUGUAUUUAAACACACGUCUCCAUCUUCCAAAGGUUUAGGUGAAGCAGAAUGUCCGACAGCUUCUUACUAGCACUCUUUGUUCUGUAUCGAUUCCCCUGUGCUUUACAUGCUGUGAACUCUUGUCUUUUGAGCCUACAAACAUCCUGGUCUGGAGCUUUUGUUUCUUCCUCCUCAAGAAGCACAGCUGGUGGACCCAGGUUUGGUGCGGCUGCCCUUUCAGAGAACUGGCUUCUUGCUCACGGGAGGCCUCCUCAGAGUAAUGACCCGUGGGAAAGACCCCUGCAGUUAUUGCUUUGGGGAUUUUCUAGCAUGUUCUGUGCCCUGUAACGCUCCUGCUGCAGAAUACCUCCAUUCAUAAGAGCAUGGAAUUUUCAAAGGCAUAAAUUACUGCUGCGUUUGAAAACGCCGCCAGAAGGCCGAAUCAUGACACAAAUUCAUCAGCAACACGACUGCAGUGAGAUUAUACAUUUCCCCCCAUUAAAUUCUUCCUACAAACCUGUUAGAUAUAUACAUAUAGGCUCACGUCUUUGCUUUCACUGCUAUUUUGUGGCUGAUAGUUGUGCCUAAAUGUUACGGCCCCUCUUCAGGCAACAGUCACCGCGUUCUGACCAAGUGUUCCCCAUCAGCGUUCCCAGCCCCCUGCUCAGCACCGAGCACAGUGCCAUCUCCCGGUUACUCGCAAUGAUCACAGCAAAAGGCGCAGCUUUGAGCUUAGCUUAAAUAACCAUUUACCCGCACACCGCCUUGCUCCAUUUUAAUUCUACGGAGUGCUCCUGCUGCAGUCAGGCAUCCAGGUAACAAACCACUCCUGAAUUGAUCUCAUCAGAGAACUGAAAGGGGGAAAAAACCCAAAGCCCUGUGUUGGCUCCAAACCUGGGGCUGACCAGCUCCUGGAGGGGCAGCAGGGACAGGACAGGUGAGCACGCACGCAGGUGCCGCUGGGUGCAGGUAGGGUCACCCGGCGCUGCCCUCCCUGCACUGGGGCAGCUGCCACAACGAGCAGAGCAGCUCGGCACUGCUGGCUCUGAGGGAUUCCCAGCACUCAGAGCCCUCUGAAAGCUUCCUUUCUGCACAGCCAAUAACUCAGCGGGCAGCCAAGCCUGGCCCUGUCACAGCCUGCCCAAUCAGACAGCCGGGAAGCGGAGCGCUCAUUGAAUUACACGUUCCCUUGUUACCUUACUCCUCCACUAUCAAGUGACACCGAGGACGGACCGCAUCGCUCUGCAGACCGUUCCAUUUGCGGCUGAUAGAGGAGCAGCGGGAGGAUGGGGAGGAGCGCGCCCUCCCGGCACCUCCCGGCGAUGGGCACCACGGCAGCCCCCCGCUGAGAGCGCAGCCCCCCCGCACCGCCAUGCCCGCCCCACAGAAGAAAAUCCUCUUCUGCCUGGCUGGGGCGUUCAGCUUCGUGUGCGCCCUGGGGACCGCAGCAGCCAUCGGCACCCAGCUGUGGGUGAAGGGAACCAUCCUGUGCAAGACGGGCGCGCUGCUGGUCAACGCCAGCGGGCCGGAGCUGGAGAAGUUCAUCGGGGAGAUCCGGUACGGGCUCUUCCACGGCGAGCGAGUGAGGCAGUGCGGGCUCGGGGAGAGGCCCUUCCAGUUCUCGUUUUUUCCAGACUUGCUCAAGAUUAUCCCUGCGAGCAUCCACGUCAGCGUCAUUCUCUUCUGCACAGUGCUGAUCAUCUUCACACUGGUGGGAAUGGGCUUUUUCCUGUACAAUGCCUUCGGCAGCCCCUACGAAACACUGCAUGGCCCCAUGGGGCUGUACCUGUGGAGCUUCAUCGCCUGUGAGUACCCUCUGCAGGCUGCACAUCCACUGCAGCGUUCCUGCGGCUGCCUCAUCAUGAUCCUCUUCUCCUCCGAGGUGAAGAUCCACCACCUCUCAGAGAAAAUUGCUAACUUUAAGGAGAAAAGUUUCACAUUUAAGACCCACAGUGAACAGUUUGCAGACUCCUUCUGGAUCAUCCUGGCCUGCUCCCUGGUGCAAUUCCUCAACAUGCUGCUGAUACGCCUGGCCGGGUUCGAGUUCCCUUUCUCUAAACCCAAGGACUCAGAGGCAGCCACUGGUGCCGCAGACCUGAUGUAUUAGAGUGACACAGCAUGAGGACUGAGGUGUUCAUCACUGCUACCUUCAGCAGCCACCACCUGCACCAGCUUUUAAAGAAGUUAAAAACAAGAGAAGGUUCCAGAUAACUGUUGGUGUGACACACGCAGUAAAUAAAAGAUAACGUGCUAGUUGAUAAACCCAGAUCAGAAUACCCUUUCUCUCUUGGAUUAAAGCCUUACUGAGACAUCUGCUUCUCUUUCCUCCAGAGCUGAUUUGAAAAGCAGCUGCUGCGAACAGAACUGAGAACUCAACAGCACAGAGCUGGAGCAGAGGCACAGCAAGGGGAUUGCCAUACAGCCACCUCCCAUCACCAGCACAUCUGCAGCCCACCUGCAGCUCUCAGGGAGCCACAGCACAACCCCUACAGCACUGGGCAGCAGGGAAUGGGGCAGGGAGAAGAAUGCCCGCUCUGCUUUUGGCACCAACCCUGCCACAGACUUGCAAGGGAAGACAACAUGAGGGCAGGGGAUGGCCCAGCCCCUGAUUGCCCUGCUGACACCUCACACAGAGGCAUCAUUUCUAUCCAUAAAGAGUUCUGAGCUUUAAAAACCCAAUCUUUAACUCCCCAGAGCUCCAUUUUGUAGAGCAAUCCAUACAGCAAGAGCUUUGUGCCUCAGGAUAAGGUGUUUUAUGCAGAAAUAUAACACGCACUCACACUGCUGCACCCCAAGGUGAGGGGUGAACCCAGAGGCAGAGCAACGUGAGCUCAAAGCCAGCAGCACCCACCAGAGCUAUGAGGAUCUCUGCCUAGCCAGCAGGCAGCAAGUUGUCAGCAAGAAGCGCAAAUAAACAUGGACAAAACGGGCUGAAAUGCCAUAGCCAGCACAUGCAUGCUGCAGCAGACCAGGCACUGACAAGGGAAAGCCUGAGAGUCUCCAACACAAGGGGUGAUGAAACUCAGAGCAAAUGGAUAUAUUUGCCUCUGUGCCCUUACCUCCCAGUCAGGCAAGGUGCUCCAGCCUCUCACCAGGUGCACUGUGCUCACCCCCCAACCACAGGUGCAUGGAAGGGCUUCAUCCUACCAACACUGCUGCACAGGGACACCACACAGAGCGCUCAGCCAAGGAGGAUCCUGGGCGACCUGCCCAGCUCCCAUUUGUCUGCAGAGGUCAGCUCCUGCACAGCUGUGUGCCAUGAGCAAUCCCCUCGCAGCACCAUGCAGCAGCCCCAGCAUGCAGGGCCUGGUUCAGGGAGCCCCAAGCUGCAGUGGUGUGCAGGCUGACCUUGCUGAUACAGAUACCCAUUUUUAUACUUCUACAAUGAAUGGCAAAGCAUUCAGUGCUGGCUGCUGGCUCUGUCUGUGUGACGUUUGGCACCCACGGCCCCGCUCCUCUGAGCCUCUUACAGAGCAGCUUCAUCCUGGGCUGUGCGAUACAUGCCUUGUUCCUAACCAUGUGCAACGGUGUCUGCAAGGUGCCAUGACCACCUACAAUUCAUUUAUAAUUCUCUUCCUAAGUAAUACGUGUGCCUUUAUUAAUUAAUGACAAUGUGUCUUCUUGACACAUAAUUUCUACCAUGUUUCACUGUAUUAUUUACUAAACCACAAGUAAUGAGGAGUAAUGUUCCACCCUCCCUGGUGUUCCACGGAUUGUCCUCCUCUGCAGUACUGCUGCCCAUUGGUGGGGGGAUUGGGCUGCUCUCAGUUCUGUGUCCACCUCAGGUGCCCCUGCCUGCUCUGAAGGAGCAACAUUUGUAAAAUAAAGAACUGCACAGACCUGCCUCAGUGCUGAAGGGCAACGCA